AUGAUAUCUGCAGUCCGCGGCGCUGUCCAACAAAUUAGAAAAAUUGCUAAAAAUGCAAUACAUUGCUCAAAUCACGCCUUAAAUUUAAGUGUUUCAAAAUCGUCUACUGUACAAUCAAUUCGCAACUGUGUUGAAGUAAUAAAAGAAGUUACUUCUUUUUUUCAUAUAUCUGCCAAACGUAAUUACGUUCUUCAACAACAUUUGACUAACCAUAGAAAAUUACAUAAUUUAUGCGAAACACGAUGGAUAGAAAGGCACGACAGUGUAUUGCAUUUUAAGGAAUCAAUAAUUGAAAUUAUUGACACUUUAACCGAAAUAUCUGGAUGGCAGGAUAAUAUUUCUUCUUCGAAAGCUAAAAUGAUGAUAUCUGCUAUUUGUAAUUGUGAAUUUAUAUUUUCUCUUUUUUCAUUAUCAAAUUUACUAGCUGUUACUUUUCCGAUAAGUAAAAUUUUACAAGGCAAAGAUCAAGAUAUUGUUGCUGCAUCUGAAUGUAUCAAAGAUGUAUACUUAAUACUUGGACAAAAUCGUGAAAAAUGUGAAGAAAAAUUUCAAUCUAUGUUUAAGGAGUGUGAAUUAAUUCUAAACAAACUUGAUGUUGAUAUUAAAUUUCCCAGGAUUAUAGCACAUCAAAAACAUAGAGUUAAUGCUACAUCAUCAAACAACCCUGUUGAUUAUUAUAGAAUUAAUAUUUAUAUUCCUUUAUUGGAUAAUGUAUUAGAAGAUUUUGAUUUCCGAUUCUUAAGCAAGGAAAAUUCAAAUAUUACUUUAUUAAUACAACUUAUACCAAAAUAUGUUGUCAAAAUGAAAACUGAAGACUACAAUGGCUAUUUUGCAAAAAUUAUAGAAAUAAUGACUAAAGAUUACACAUACUUUCAAAAUGUUUCAGAACAAGCCAUAGAGAAUGAAAUAAAUAUGUGGUUUACUAAAUGGCUUAGACUUCAAACGGAAGGAAAAAAUAUUCCAGUUAAUGGGUUGGAUGCUCUAAGUCAACCGAUUUGGGCCGGUGGACACAGAGCAACACCUGUCCUCGACGGGAUGGGGGUCGCAAGGCGAGCGAACCUGCUAGCAGUCAGUAAACAGCUCCCACCAGGGGAACGAUCGACCCCCGGUGUCCUGGAAGAUCAGGCAAACGCAGGAAAAAAGGACAGACGACGCGAGGCUGGCGUCGUUAGUGGAGGCCCAGCUACUAGAAUCAAAAAUGGAAGCAACAAUUAA